AGCGGUGGCCAUUUUGGGUGAUCUCUGUUUUUUUCAUACACUCAGGUCUAUGGCACGCUUGGUCGUCACCGAGGUGACGGAGCGGAAAAGGGCGAGAAGACGCUUGGUCCCCACUGCACAGUGGCAGGCGUGAAGCCCAGCCGAGCAGCCGUGCCUUUUUCCAGCCACUGUCACCGCCACUCCCGACCCCGCUCAUCCUUGGCUCGGUUGGCGGAGGCCACGUCGGUGAACUCGACUCAGGGCCCCCUGGCAAUGGCAGAAAUGGACCCUGCACAGAGCCGUGUGGUCUUUGAGGACGUGGCCAUAUAUUUUUCCCAGGAGGAGUGGGGGCACCUUGAUGAGGCUCAGAGAUUCCUGUACCAUGAUGUGAUGCUGGAGAAUUUGGCACUUUUGUCCUCACUAGGUUGUUGGCAUGGAGCUGAGGAUGAGGAGGCUCCUGCUGAGCAAGGUGUUUCUGUGAGAGUGUCACAGGUCACAACUCCAAAGUCAGGUUUAUCCACCCAGAAGAAGGCCCAGCCUAGUGAGACACGUGGCCCACUCUUGAAAGACAUUCUGCACCUGGCUAAGCACAAUGGAACAUACCCUGAGCAAGAGAUAUAUAUUUGUGAGGCAGAACUUUACCAGCACCAAAAGCAGCAGAUUGGAGAGCAUCUUUCCAGAAGGGACGAUUGGAGGCCUUCAUUUGCAAAGAACCACAGAAUUCACAUGGCCGAGAGGACCUUCCCCUGCAAGGAGGGUGGCAAAGAAUUUACUGCCGAUUCAGACCUUCUCCAGCACCAGGCUCCUCAUAGUGGGUGGAAGCCAUACAGGGACACCGAGGGCAAGGAAAUCUUUCAAACUGGAGAAAAUCAUUACAAAUGCAGCACAUGUGGGAAAUCCUUCAACUGCAAACAUUCACUUGUUGAGCACCAAAAAAUCCACACAGGAGGAAGACCUUAUGAGUGCAGCAAAUGUGGGAAAUUCUUUAGGUACAAUGCUAACUUCAUGAAACAUCAGAGAAUUCACAGUGAAGAAAGGACUUAUGAAUGCAGAGAAUGUGGAAAAUGCUUUAUGUACAACUAUAGACUCAUGAGACAUAAGAGAGUUCACACGGGAGAAAGGCCUUAUGAGUGCAACAUAUGUGGGAAAUUCUUUAGGUACAGCUCCACGUUUGUUAGACAUCAGAGAGUUCAUACUGGAGAGAGACCAUUCGAGUGCAGCAAAUGUGGGAAAUUCUUUAUGGACAGCUCCACGCUUAUUAAACAUCAGAGAGUUCAUAGUGGAGAAAAGCCUUAUAAGUGCAGCGAAUGUGGGAAAUUCUUCAGGUAUAAAUCCACACUCAUUAGACAUCAGAGAGUUCACACAGGAGAAAGGCCUUAUGAGUGCAGUGUAUGUGGGGAAUUCUUUAUGUACAACUCCAACCUCAUAAAACAUUGGAGAAAUCACACUGGAGAAAGGCCUUAUAAGUGCAGCGAAUGUGGGAAAUCCUUUAGGUACCACUGCAGACUCAUUAGACAUCAGAGAGUUCACACUGGAGAACGACCUUUUGAGUGCAGUGAAUGUGGGAAGUUCUUUAGGUACAACUCCAACCUCAUUAAACAUUGGAGAAAUCACACUGGAGAGAGGCCUUAUGAGUGUAGCGAAUGUGGGAAAGCCUUUAGCCACAAACAUAUACUUAUUGAACAUCAGAAAAUCCACACUGGGGAAAGGCCUUAUGAGUGCAGCAAAUGCCGGAAGGCCUUCAUUAGAAAGUCCCAUCUGGUUCAUCACCAGAAAAUCCACAAUGAAGACAGGCUUAUGUGCUCUGUAAAUGUGGGUGAUUCUUUAGGUACAACUCCAGCCUCCUUAAACAUCAGAGAUUUCACAGUGGAGAAAGUUUUCGCUGAUUUAAGGGUCCCUGAGGGCUGGGUCGAGACCGAGGUGACGAAGCAGAAAGGCUCGAGGAGAGGUGUUGUCCCCGCUUCCCUGAGGCGGGCGAGAGGAUCGACUGAGCAAUCUGGGGAAGCCGGUGCCCUUGUCCCUGUCCCGGUCACCCGCCGCUCCCGGCCCUGCUCUUCCCUGGCUCGGUCGGCGGAGGCCGCCCUGAUGAACUCGCAUCAGGAUCGUAUGGUCUUUGAGGAUGUGGCCAUAUAUUUCUCCCAGGAGGAGUCAGGGCUCCUUGAUGAGGCUCAGAGACACCUGCAUCGUGAUGUGAUGCUGGAGAACUUCGCACUUUUGUCAUCAAUAGGUUGUUGGCAUGGCACUGAGGAUGAGAAGGCACCUGAGCAAGGUGUUUCUGUGGGAGUGUCACUGGUCACACCUCCAAAGCCCCAUUUAUCCACCCAGAAGACCCAGGCCUGUGAGACAUGUAGCUCACACUUGAAAGGCAUUCUGUGCUUGGCUGAGCAGGAUGAGACACACACUGAUCAAGAGCUAUACAUCUGUGGGGCAAAUCUUCACCAACGCCAAAAGCUGCAGAGUAGAGAAAAACUUUACAGAAGUGAUGAGGGGAGGCCUUCAUUUUUGAAGAACCACAAAGUUCACAUGGCAGAGAGGACCAUCCCUUGCAGGGAGGGCGGCAAGGACUUUACUGCCCAUUCAGACCUUCUCCAGCAGCAGGUUCCUCACAGUGAGUGGAAGCCACACAUGGACACCCAGGGCAGGGAGGCCUUUCAAAGCAGACAGAAUUAUUACAAUUGUAGCAAAUGUGGGAAAGACUCUUGCCACCAACAUAUGCUUUUUGAGCAUCAAAAAAUCCAUUCUAAGGAAAGGCCAUAUGAGUGCAGUGAAUGUGGGAAAUUGUUUCAGUACAACUCCAACCUUAUUAAACAUCAGCGAAAUCACACUGGAGAAAGGCCUUAUAAGUGUAGGGAAUGUGGGAAAGCCUUUAGUCUCAAAUAUAAUGUUGUUGAACACCAGAGAAUUCACACUGGAGAGAGGCCUUAUGAGUGCACUGAAUGCAGGAAGGCUUUCAUUAGAAAGUCCCACCUUGUUCAGCACCAGAAAAUCCACAGCGAAGGAUUCUUUACAAAAAGGUCUGACCUUAUCGAGCACCAGGUAAUUCACACCAGGCCAAGGCCUUAUGAAUGCAGCCAGUGUGGGAAGGCUUUCCUUACACAGUCCCACCUUAUUGGUCACCAGAAAAUCCAUACUGGAGAAAGGCCUUAUGAAUGCCGUGAAUGUGGGAAAUUCUUUAUGUACAGUUCCACACUCAUUAGACAUCAGAAAGUUCAUACUGGUGAAAGGCCUUAUUAUUGCAGUAAAUGUGGGAAAUUUUUUAUAGACAGCUCCACACUCAUUAUUCAUCAGAGAGUUCAUACUGGAGAAAGGCCUUAUGAGUGCAGCGAAUGUGGGAAAUUCUUUAGAUACCGCUCCACGCUCAUUAGACAUCAGAAAGUUCACACUGGAGAGAAGCCUUAUGAGUGCAGUGAAUGUGGGAAAUUCUUUAUGGACAGCUCCACACUCGUUAUUCAUCAGAGAGUUCACACGGGAGAAAAGCCUUAUGAAUGCAGCGAAUGUGGGAAAUUUUUUAGAUAUUGCUUCACACUGAAUAGACAUCAGAGGGUUCACUCUGGAGAAAGGCCUUAUGAAUGCAGUGAAUGUGGGAAAUUCUUUAUGGACAGCUCCACACUCAGUAGUCAUCAGAGAGUUCACACGGGAGAAAGGCCUUUUGAGUGCAGCAUAUGUGGGAAAUUCUUUAGGUAUCGCUCCACUCUUGAUACGCACCAGAGAGUUCACACUGGAGAAAGGCCUUUCGAGUGUAGUGAAUGUGGGAAAUUCUUUAGGCACAACUCGAAUCAUAUUAGACAUCGGAGAAACCACAUUGGAGAAAGGCCUUAUGAGUGCAGUGAAUGUGGGAGAGACUUUAGCCAAAAUUCCCACCUCAUUCGGCACCAAAAAGUUCACACUAAAGAAAGAACUUAUGAGUGCACUAAAUGUGGGAAGUUCUUUACGGACAGCUCCACACUCAUUAGUCAUCAGAGAGUCCACACUGGAGAAACGCCUUAUGAGUGCAGUGAAUGUGGAAAAGUCUUCAGAUACAACUCCAGCCUCAUUAAACAUCGGAGAAUUCACAGUGGAGAAAGGCCUUAUAAGUGCAGCGAAUGUGGGAGAUUCUUUAAUCAGAAUUCCCACCUAAUUCAGCACCAAAAAGUUCACACCAGAUAA